UCCAGCAACAAUGACUUACUUAAACGUUGCCAGCCGAGCCAGGAUAUCAACCUUGCAUGUGUAUGGAUUGAAGAUCCUGUUGCUGCUGCUCCUCUUCCUCCAACAUAUUCACAAGUGCCUCCUGUUGGAGGUAUGCCAUACCCACAACACAAUGCUUUUGGCCCUCCACCACCAUACUCUGGAGGUCCAGGAUAUGCUCCAGUUUAUCCUGAUCAGUCUGUAUACCAGCAGGCUGCUCCUCCAGGCCAGUAUGGACAAGUACCACAACACAACAGUGGCAAAGGGUUAUUGGGAAAGGUAGCUGGAGCAGGAACAGCUGUUGCUGGAGCCUUGGGUGUAUCUCAUCUCCUGGGAAAGUCCAAAUCGAGUGGGGGUUACCCAGGAUAUGGAAGCUACCCAGGACAUGGAGGCUACCCAGGACAUGGAGGCUACCCAGGACAUGGAGGCUCUGGAGGGAUUCUUAACAAAGCCUUGGGAAUUGGGGGUGCCCUGGGAGGAGCAUCUAUGUUGGCAAAAUCGGUGGGUAAAGUUUUCACAAAUUUUAAAUAUUAUUUUGGAUUUCAUUAUAUUGUUGAUGUACUUGGAUUAAGGACUUGCCAAUCUAGAUCACUUUCAAAAAAUGCCCUCUAAGUAUGAUAAUUUCAAUGAAAGAAUUUUUAAAUAUUAGCUUAGUUUUGUUAAUUUUGGUGGAGAUACUGGCAAUGUACUGACAGAUGGUGAAAAAGCACAAGGGCACAGGAGUUCAUUAUUUCUACGGGUUUAUGAAGUAGAGAGAUUUAAGAAAGUCCAGUGAUGGGUAAACGAACCAAAGACUUCUGCAUCUCACUUUUGUUUCGUCAUUUAUACAUGCUGUAAUUUUAACAAGUUAGUUGGUGUUAUGAAAGAUAUUAAAACAGUUACAUUUAAAUUGUUGCUAACAGCCUUUGAUUAUAAAUUUUG